UCAAACUAAACAACAACAAUCAUUGUAUGAUUUAAAAAUGUUUCCAUCAAAUUCGACAUUUCCAUCAACUGGUGAUUUACCAUCACCAGAUUUGCCAAUGGAUGGUACAUAUUUUGAUGUAAAUAUACCAAGUGCUGUCAAUCCAUGGAAUUUCUUUAUUCAACCAUAUAAAGAUGGUAAAGAAUUAAAACAAUGGAUGCUCAAUUUACAAGAAUAUUAUAACACUGGACCUGGUAGUAAAAAAUAUCAAUUAACGUUAAACGAUGUAAAACCUGGAGAAUGUUAUGUCGCCCUCCAUCAUCCAGACAAUACAUGGUAUCGUGCAUGUGUGAAUCAAACAAUCGAUAACGAUUCAAUCUCAGCAUUCUUUGUCGAUUAUGGUCAGUAUGUUGUUUUAAAUUUAAAACAAUUGAAACCAUUACAUUCAAAAUUUAAAAAAUUACCAUUUCAAGUAUUAAAAGCACGUUUAUCCGGUAUUACACCCGUUGGACAAAAAUGGUCAGUAGAUGAUUGUAGGAUAUUCCAGGAAUUAGUUGUUGGUAAACAAUUCGUGUGUACGAUUAAAGAGAUUGGACGCGAUAUCUUACAUGAUAAUGAUAAUGUAUUAUCUGUGUUUUUGAUUGACACUUCCACAAAUGUUGAUAUUCAAAUUCAUAGAUUAUUAAUUCGAAAAGGUAUUGCUGUACCGAUCAAAACUUAGGAUCUCUCCAAUGGGUUCCAUUACCAAUUUAAUAUUGAUUAUUGACUAAAAUAAUACAAAAAUAGUUUUUCCCUCUGAAAAUGAGAGAAGCAUAAACUCGGAACAGAGUAAAACUUUGGUAGAUUGUGGUACUUAUUUUAUUGAAUUUACCAGAGCUGCCAGUAAAGCCAAUUUUUUUUUAUUCCGCUGGGUCACUGAAAGUUUUCUUGAUAUUCAAAUAAUUAUUUAUGUAUCCAAUUAUAUGAGGCAAUCUAGAGUACAAGCUGCAUACAGAAGAUAACCAAAUUAUUCUGGUUUUGUAUCCAAUUAUUUCAUCUGACAGUCCUGGGAUUUUCAUAAGAAAUAAGCUUGUAUUAUUAUUUUCGAUUCAAUAGAAAUUAUCCACCAAUCAAAAUAGUAAUUACAUAAUACAAUACCCAAUUAACUAAUAAUCAUUUAAAAUAUGAAACACUUUUCAAUUGAUGCCGUCGAAUUUGGUGGAAAACGGGAUCUUAAUACAACAAACUAUU